UAGCAAUGUACCUUAUAAAAAGCAAAUACUUUCAAAGUGUUUGUUUAUUUUGUUUGAGACCCUUUCUUUUUCCUCAGGCCCAGAACAAACUUCCUGAAACUCAUGACCCAUGAAGUCUUGUCAACAUUCACACCGUCUGAGGCGAUCAGCAAUGAAGUAGAAGAAGCAGCAGUGCGUGGCAGGGGAUUGUGGUACCCUUUGAGUGACUCUGGUGGCUUCGGAGACAUUGGCUUUGGACCCUUUGUGACACAGCAUGCCUUGUGGAAAGAUGAUGAUGCAGAGAGAAAAGCAGCCCAAGGUCACACUCGCCUGCCUCCUCUUCGCUGCUGCAGGCUGCUUUGCGGACCUGAAUGAGGUUCCUCAGGUCACUGUCCAGCCUUCUUCCACUGUCCAGAAGCUCGGAGGAACCGUGAUCCUGGGCUGCGUGGUGGAGCCCCCCUGGAUGACCACCACCUGGCGCCUGAACGGGAAGGAGCUGAACGGCUCAGAUGACACCCUGGGCAUCCUCAUCACCCGCGGGACCCUCGUCAUCACUGCCCUCAACAACCACACCGUGGGCCGUUACCAGUGUGUGGCGCGGAUGCCUGCAGGGGCCGUGGCCAGCGUACCAGCCACCGUGACACUAGCCAAUCUCCAGGACUUCAAGUUAGAUGUGCAGCACGUGAUUGAAGUUGAUGAGGGGAACACAGCGGUCAUCGCCUGCCACCUUCCUGAGAGCCAUCCAAAAGCCCAGGUCCGGUACAGUGUCAAACAGGAGUGGCUGGAGGCCUCCCGGGAUAACUACCUGAUCAUGCCAUCGGGGAACCUCCAGAUCGUGAACGCCAGCCAGGAGGACGAGGGAAUGUACAAGUGCGCCGCCUACAACCCGGUGACGCAGGAAGUGAAGACCUCAGGCUCCAGCGACAGGCUGCGCGUGCGCCGCUCCACAGCUGAGGCUGCCCGCAUCAUCUAUCCACCAGAGGCCCAGACCAUUGUUGUCACCAAAGGCCAGAGUCUCAUCCUGGAGUGUGUGGCCAGCGGGAUCCCACCCCCGAGGGUUACCUGGGCCAAGGAUGGCUCCAGUGUUGCCAGCUACAACAAGACACGUUUCCUGUUGAGCAACCUCCUCAUCGACACCACCAGUGAGGAGGACUCUGGGACCUACUGCUGCAUGGCCGACAAUGGGGUUGGGGAGCCCGGGGCUGCGGUCAUCCUCUAUAAUGUCCAGGUGUUUGAACCCCCCGAGGUCACCAUGGAGCUGUCUCAGCUGGUCAUCCCUUGGGGCCAGAGCGCUAAGCUCACCUGUGAGGUGCGUGGGAACCCCCCGCCCUCUGUGCUGUGGCUGAGGAAUGCUCUGCCCCUCACCUCCAGCCAGCGCCUCCGACUAUCUCAUCGGGCCCUGCGGGUGGUCAGCAUGGGGCCCGAGGACGAAGGUGUCUACCAGUGCAUGGCCGAGAAUGAGGUUGGGAGCGCCCAUGCUGUGGUCCAGCUGAAGACCGCCAGGCCAGGCGCCACCCUGAGACCGUGGUGGGAUACUCAGUCGGCCACUGUCACACCUCCAGUGCCACCCUCCAGACCUGGCGGCCCUGACCAGAUGCCCAAGGGCCACCCAGGGCUAUUGAGGCCCCCAGCAUCAGCGCAGCCAGCCUCCCCACAGUGUCCCAGGGGUCAGGGGCCAGUGGCCCCUGCCGAGGCUCCCAUCAUCCUCAGCUUGCCCCGCACGUCCAAGACUGACUCAUACGAACUGGUGUGGCGGCCUCGGCAUGAGGGCAGCAGCCGGGCACCGGUCCUCUACUACGUAGUGAAACACCGCAAGCAGGUCACCAACUCCUCUGAUGACUGGACCAUCUCUGGCAUUCCGGCCAGCCAACACCGCCUGACCCUCACCAGACUAGACCCUGGGAGCUUGUAUGAGGUGGAGAUGGCGGCCUACAACUGUGCAGGCGAAGGCCAGACGGCCAUGGUCACCUUCCGAACUGGACGACGGCCCAAACCUGAAAUUGUGGCCAGCAAGGAGCAGCAGAUCCAGAGAGAUGACCCUGGAGCUGGCCCCCAGAGCAGCAGCCAGCUGGACCAUGGCCGCCUGUCCCCCCCAGAAGCUCCAGACAGGCCCACUAUCUCCAUGGCUUCUGAGACUUCAGUGUACGUGACCUGGAUUCCCCGUGGGAACGGUGGCUUCCCCAUCCAAUCCUUCCUUGUGGAGUACAAGAAGCUGAAGAAAGUGGGGGACUGGAUUCUAGCCACCAGCGCCAUCCCUCCCUCCCGGCUCUCAGUGGAGAUCACAGGCCUAGAGAAAGGCACCUCCUACAAGUUCCGAGUCCGGGCUCUGAACAUGCUGGGGGAGAGCGAGCCCAGCACCCCCUCCCGGCCCUACGUGGUGUCAGGCUACAGCAGCCGAGUGUACGAGAGGCCUGUGGCAGGCCCUUACAUCACCUUCACUGAUGCCGUCAAUGAGACCACCAUCAUGCUCAAGUGGAUGUAUAUCCCAUCAAGUAACAACAACACCCCAAUCCACGGCUUUUAUAUCUAUUACCGACCCACAGACAGUGACAACGACAGUGACUACAAGAAGGAUAUGGUGGAAGGGGAUCGAUACUGGCAUUCCAUCAGCCACCUACAGCCAGAGACCUCCUAUGACAUUAAGAUGCAGUGCUUCAAUGAAGGAGGGGAGAGUGAGUUCAGCAACGUGAUGAUAUGUGAAACCAAAGCUCGGAAGUCUUCAGGUCAGCCUGGUCGACUUCCACCCCCAACUCUGGCCCCACCUCAGCCACCACCCCCUGAAACCAUAGAGCGGCCAGUGGGCACGGGGGCCAUGGUGGCCCGCUCCAGUGACCUGCCCUACCUGAUUGUUGGGGUCGUCCUGGGCUCUAUCGUCCUCAUCAUCGUUGCCUUCAUCCCCUUCUGCUUGUGGAGGGCCUGGUCUAAGCAAAAGCAUACAACAGACCUGGGAUUUCCUCGAAGUGCCCUUCUGUCCUCCUCUUGCCAAUAUACUAUGGUACCACUGGGAGGGCUCCCAGGCCACCGAGCCAGUGGGCAGUCUUACCUCAGUGGCACCAACGGCCAGGCCUGUGCCAAUGGGGUAUACGUGAACAGGGCCUGCCCUGUAGCUGCCGUGGGCUACCCAGGCAUGAAGCCACAGCAGCACUGUCCAGGGGAGCUUCAGCAGCAGGAGGAUGUGAACAGCAUGCUGAGGCAGACCUUUCUUGGCAGUGGAUUCGACCCCCACAGUCCACAGAUUCCCAGAGCACCCAGGUCUAACCCGGAUGAGGGCGCUUUCCUGUAUACACUGCCCGAUGACUCAGCUCACCAGCUGCUCCCGCCACACCGCGAUUGCCACCACCUCCAGGAGCAGCCUGAAGCCACGGGCCAGCCAGGCAUGAGGAGUGUACCCCAGAGUCCUGGGCUGGAAGCCAUGUGGGACCCUGUUUUUCACCCAGGACCCCCAUGCUGCCUGGGCCUCGUGCCGGUUGAAGAGGUGGACAGUCCCGACUCCUGCCCCGUGGGGAAAGGAGACUGGUGUCCCCAGCACCCCUCAGGGGCCUAUGCUGGGCAGGAACUCGGGGUGCGGCUCUCCCCCAGCCCACCAGUGCAUAUGUCUUUUGAAACACCACCUCCUACAAUUUAGGCAGAAGCUGAUAUCCCACAAAGACUAUAUAUUAUUUUUUUUAAAGAGAGGAGAUUGGUAUUUAUUUUUCUAUAAUAGCCGUAUUUAUAUAUUUAUGCACUUGUAAAUAAAUGUAUAUGUUUUCAUAAUUCUGGAGAGACACAGCAAGUCCUCCCCACUGAGGUCUGAGAUGGAAAACAAGCCACAGCAUAACAGGCAUCAACAGGCGAAGAGCAACACAGUCUGAGGAGGCAACAUUCCCCUUGGACCCUGUGCCACUGCCCAGGGAGGGCUGCAGCAGACCCACAGAAAAGCCUGUGGCAGGAGGACUCUAGGCACACCAUCCACAGUGACCAUGAGAGAAGCAGAGCCAGAGCCAUGGCAUCAGAGCUGGAGCCACCGUGACAGUGGCUGGAUCUGGUGCUGCUGGCAACGUUUUCCCGAGAUGCCUGUGAGAUAGACUGAGAUGUGUAUAGUACUGUGAGCAUUAGCAAACCUUCCAGAAGCAAUAAUCUGUGACAACAUAUCUCUGUAAAAAUAAACACUGUAACAUCUAAAUAAAUGUUUAGUCUUCCCUAUAACCUUCAGCUUAGUCAUGUAUGAGUCAGCAUUCUCUUCAGAUGUUAGGAUUCAGUGAGUAUUUGAAGAAACAUCCACUUGGCAACAUUUUCAGAUCCGUCAAGGAGAGAUCUGGAAAAGGCAGCAAACAUUUCUGAUUUUGUCCUUUUAAAUGUCGAAUGUCAGUUGUGUUUUCAUCAA